AUGGACCUGUACCACACACCAGCCAGAGCUCUGGACAAGCUGGUGGCCCACAGCCUGCAACCAUCCCCCGAGUUCACAGCGGCUGUGCGGGGUGCUCUGGGGUCCCUGGACAUCGCCCUACGGGAGCGGGGAGCCCCAGGGUCCCAGAGACCAAGGGUGAUAAGGAUCGCCAAGGGAGGAGCCUAUGCCCGGGGCACAGCUCUCAAAGGUGGAUGUGACGCUGAACUUGUUGUCUUCCUCCACUGCUUCAGGAGCUAUGGGGACCAGAAGACCGGUCACACAGAGACACUGGGCACCAUGCGGGCGUUGCUGGAGUCCUGGGGACGCCACCUUGGGCCUGGCCUGACCUUCCAGUUUUCUGAGCCAAAGGCGUCGGGUGUCUUGCAGUUCCGGCUGACGUCAGCAGACCAGGAAAACUGGAUGGAUGUUAGCCUGGUGCCUGCCUUUGAUGUCCUGGGACAGCGCCACUCUGGAGUCAAGCCCACCCCUGAGGUGUAUGCCUCCCUCGUCAGCAGCGGCUGCCGGGCAGGGGAGCACACGGCCUGCUUCACAGAGCUCAGAAGGGACUUUGUCAACAUUCGCCCAAUCAAGCUUAAGAACUUAAUCCUGCUGGUCAAACACUGGUACCGCCAGGUGCAGACACAGGAGACCACGGGGGCCGCACUGCCCCCUAGUUAUGCCCUGGAGCUGCUCACCAUCUUUGCCUGGGAGCAGGGCUGCGGGAAGGACAACUUCAGCCUGGCCCGAGGGCUCCGGACCGUCCUGGCCUUGAUCCAACAGAACAAGUCCCUCUGCAUUUUCUGGACGGAAAACUACGACUUUGGGGACCCUGCAGUUGGGGAGUUCUUGCGAAGGCAGCUUGAGAGACCCAGGCCUGUGAUCCUGGAUCCAGCUGACCCGACUUGGGAUGUGGGCAAUGGGACAGCCUGGCGCUGGGAUGUGCUGGCCAAGGAGGCUGAGUCCUGCUUUAAUGGGCGAUGCUUCCUGCAGGCGUCUGGAGUGCCUGAGCAGCCUUGGGAGGGGCCGGGCCUUCCACGUGCUGGCAUCUUGGGUUUGGACCACCCCAUCCAACAAAGGCCUAACCAGGCCCUUAAAGCCAACAAAGGCCACAGUGCUGUGCAGCCAAGGGCAGGGAGUCCGCAGCCUUCACAUGCAGCUCAAGGACUCCUGGAGGCAGCCAUCAAGGUCACUGCGAUGCAGAACCCAAGAGCCUGUGAAGUCAGCAAGAACCUCAAAAAGGCAGCAGCACCAAGGACCGUCCAUGAGACAGUGCUGAAUGUCUCAAGUCACGUUCGGAUCACCCAGAGCACACCAUCCUCAAACGCGCCUCUUAGCCGCUCAGGGGCAGCCAGCAUCUCCACCCCUGGGUCAGUGAUGGGCCCAGAUCUGUCACAGAUCCCCAGCAAGGAGCUGGACUCCUUCAUCCAGGACCAUCUGAGGCCGAGUCCUCAGUUCCAGCAGCAGGUGAGGCAAGCCAUUGACACCAUCCUGCGCUGCCUCCGAGAGAAGUGUGAGCACAAAGCCUCCAGGGUCAGCAAGGGCGGCUCUUUCGGCCGUGGCACAGACCUCAGGGGUGGCUGCGAUGUGGAGCUGGUCGUCUUUUAUAAUGUCCUCAGGAGCUUCAAGGACCAAAGGUCCCACCAAACAGAGAUCCUGGAUGACAUUCGGACCCAGCUGCAGUCCUGGUGGCAGGACCCGGUGCCUGGACUGAGCCUCCAGUUCACUGAACGGAAUAGGCCCAACGCUCUGCAACUCCGGCUGGUGUCCACGGACCUCAACAGCUGGGUGGACAUCAGUGUGCUGCCUGCUUUUGAUGCUGUGGGGCAGCUGAAGUCCGGCGACAAACCUCAGCCCCAGGUGUACGCCUCCCUCCUCAGCAGCGGGUGCCAGGCCGGGGAGCACGCGGCCUGCUUCGCAGAGCUCCGAAGGAACUUCGUGAACAAUCGCCCGGCCAAGCUUAAGAACCUGAUGCUACUGGUGAAACAUUGGUACCGCCAGGUUGCCACUCGUGAUAAAGGAGGAAAGGCAGCAGGCACCGCUCUGCCCCCAGCCUAUGCCCUGGAGCUCCUGACAAUCUUUGCCUGGGAACAAGGCUGUGGGAAACAGGGGUUCAGCAUGGCUGAAGGCCUGCGGACCAUCCUGAGGCUGGUCCAGCAGCACCGGUCACUCUGUGUCUACUGGACAGUCAACUACAGCGUGCAGGACCCGGCCCUCAGAGCACACCUUCUCAGCCAGCUUCAGAAAGCCAGGCCUUUAGUCCUGGACCCUGCAGACCCCACCUGGAACGUGGGCCAGGGCAGCUGGGAACUGUUAGCUCGGGAGGCAGCAGCCCUGGAGUCACAGGUCUGCCUUCAGAGUGGAGAUGGGACUCCUGUACCACCCUGGGAUGUGAUGCCGGCUCUUCUUCAGCAGACCCCAGCUGGGGACUUGGACAAGUUCAUCAGCGAAUUCCUCCAGCCUGACCGCCAUUUCCUGACUCAAGUGAAGAAAGCCGUAGACACCAUAUGUUCCUUCCUGAAGGAAAACUGCUUCCGGAAUUCUCCCAUCAAGGUGCUCAAGGUGGUUAAGGGCGGUUCUUCGGCCAAAGGCACGGCUCUACGAGGGCGCUCGGAUGCUGACCUGGUGGUGUUCCUCAGCUGCUUGCGCCAGUUCUCCGAGCAAGGCAGCCAUCGGGCGGAGAUCAUCUCGGAGAUCCGGGCCCAGCUGGAGGCGUGCCAGCAGAAGCAGAAGUUCGACGUCAAGUUUGAGAUCUCCAACAGGAAGAAUCCCCGAGUGCUCAGCUUCUCGCUGGCAUCACAGACACUGCUGGACCAGAGCGUGGACUUUGACGUGCUGCCAGCCUUCGAUGCCCUCGGCCAGCUGAGGUCCGGCUCUAGGCCUGAUCCCCGGGUCUACGCGGACCUCAUCCGCAGCUACAGCAAUGCAGGAGAGUUUUCUACCUGCUUCACGGAGCUGCAGCGGGACUUCAUUAGCUCCCGUCCCACCAAACUCAAGAGCCUGAUCCGGCUGGUGAAGCACUGGUACCAACAGUUCGACAAGGUGGUCAAAGGGAAGGGCUCCUUGCCCCCACAGCAUGGGCUGGAGCUCCUGACCGUGUAUGCCUGGGAGCAGGGAGGCCAGAACCCCCAGUUCAACAUGGCGGAGGGCUUCCGCACCGUGCUGGAGCUGGUUGGCCAGUACCGCCAGCUGUGCAUCUAUUGGACCGUCAACUACAGCGCAGAGGACAAGACCAUCGGGGACUUCCUGAAGAUGCAACUUCAGAAGCCCAGACCCAUCAUCCUGGAUCCAGCUGACCCAACAGGCAACCUGGGCCGCAAUGCCCGCUGGGACCUGCUUGCCCAGGAGGCUGCAACCUACACAUCUUUCCUGUGCUGCAUGGACAAGAACGGCACCCCCAUCAAGCCAUGGCUGGUAAAGCCCACAUCACUCUUCAUCACCCCAAGCCACUUACUGGAAACGUUCAUCAAAGACUUCCUCCAGCCCAAUAAAUAUUUCUUGAAGCAGAUCAAAAGAGCUGUUGACAUCAUCUGUACAUUCCUUAAAGAAAAUUGCUUCCAGGGCCAAAGCACCAAAGUUCUGAAGACCGUCAAGGGAGGAUCCACUGCCAAAGGCACAGCUCUGAAGUCUGGAUCAGAUGCCGACAUCGUCGUCGUGUUCCUCAGCUCACUGAAGAGCUAUAACUCCCAACAAAAUGAGCGCCCGAUGCUAGUCCAGGAGAUCCACAGGCAAUUAAAAGCUUUCCAGAAGACCCGAGAGCUGGAGGUGAAGUUUGAGCCUUCAAAGUGGGAGUUCCCCAGGGUGCUGAGCUUUACCUUGAAAUCCAGGAGUCUCAACGAAAGUGUCGACUUUGAUGUCCUGCCCGCCUAUGAUGCACUAGGUCAACUGCAUUCUGGCUUCACCCCCAGGCCCGAAGCCUACAAGGAGCUCAUUGAGCUGUAUAGAUCAUUGGACCUUAAAGGAGGAGAGUUUUCGCCCUGUUUUACAGAGCUACAGCGCAAUUUCAUUGAACCCCGGCCCACCAAACUGAAGAGUCUGAUUCGCCUGAUCAAGCACUGGUACAAACAGUGUGAAAGGAAAAAGAAGUCCAAAGCAUCCCUGCCCCCAAAGUAUGCCCUGGAGCUUCUCACCGUGUAUGCCUGGGAGCAAGGCAGUGGCAUGGACAAGUUCAACAUUGCCGAAGGCUUCCGGACCGUCCUGGACCUGGUCAUCAAAUACCAACAGCUCUGCAUCUUCUGGACAGUCAACUACAACUUCGAAGAUGAGCCGAUGAGGUCAUUCCUACUGACCCAGAUCCGGAAAAAGAGGCCUGUGAUCCUGGAUCCAGCCGAUCCCACGGGUGACGUAGGAGGAGGUGACCGCUGGUGUUGGCAUCUUCUAGCCGAAGAAGCGAAGGAGUGGCUGUCCUCACUGUGUUUCGAACUGCCAAAGAGUGACUCAGACCAGGAGCGAAGCAUACAGCCGUGGAAAGUACCAGUAAGACUGCCCUGA